UGUUCUGCCAUAAGGUACUGUUCUUUCUCUUCUUUUCCUUUCUCAUUUUUUCUUCACUAUUCUUCAUAUACAACAGGCACUUAUUAAGUAUGCAAAAUGGUCUCACUGUGUGUAUACCAGUUUCUUCUUCAAAAUCCUUUGGUAUGAAUCGGUUCUUGUUGCUCGUUGAACGAUAGUCUGAAAACAAUGUCACAGGUCAUUUAACUUAGUGAAAGUUUUUCCUCUGAUCUCUCGUGUUCUCUAGUUUUAAUAAUACAGCAGAAAAUUGUCCGUCUGGCUUAUUGUGUAAAGAGGCUACAUGCUUUCUAUAUUACUUAAUAUUUACUUUUACGAUAUGUAAAUUCUUGUAUGUUUCCUAUUAUAAUUCAUUGUCUCCCACUAUUUCUUGGGCUUUUAAGAAAAUAUUCUGCUUUGUUGCAUUGAGUGCUGAAGACAGUGAAUCCUUUAAUAUUAUUGCUAAUAUGGUUGUGGAUAGAAAUCUGAAGUCUUGGAAACGACUGCCAAGUAUUAUUCCAUCAGAUGCUAACCACACACUCCAUUUACAUCUUCAUCCUUGUAUAUUUUUUGAUAGGAAGAGACGCAGAUACAUUAGGAUCCACUCAUGCAGACAAAGUGCAAAAGCUUUAAAAGACCGUACCUAACACAUACUAUACGACGAACAGGUCUGGCGCUUUAACCGGGUUGGUGGAUAUGGAGGGUUCACCUGGGGCAUUUGGAAAACCCUAAUUUCAAACCAAUAGUGCAUAUGGGCUCCAGGAUCCUGAGGGAACAAAUGGCGUAUAAACCUAUUGUUGUUCACCGGCUACUAUGGGACUGUAUCUCCUAACAUUAAUCCACUGCCUUGUGGAUUAAACAUCUAGGUCAAAGGCUCGGGAAGUGGCCCCCUAAGAAAACUACCUGCUUCGGUCUGGGCACCCGGACAGUAUCCAAGCCUUCACACAAAUCGAAUGAUGAAGUGUGGCACAUAUAUAUUCGAUUCCUCCUUGUACCAAUAUUUACGUGUUUAAAUAAAAAAAUAAGAACAGGUUGUAAGAGUUAACCUGAUGAAAAGCUUAUAUUCAUGAACAUUGCUAACCCACGGUUGAAUAGGUUCUUAUUUUAUUAGAAAUAUUUCACUUAAUUCUAAAUUUCUUAUCUCGCGUGUAUAUGUAUGUACUUACUUAUUUUUUUCGUGAAGAAAUUUGUUGAAAUAUCGUGUGAUGAGAAUUUUAUAUAGUACUAAACAGAUACUAUUGAAUAAGACCAUGGUUAUCAUUAUUAUUAUUAAUGACUGAGGUGGAUUCUGGCAAAUAAUGACUCAAGAUUUUGUUAAAUGACUUGAAGUAGUAAUGAUCGGGGAUUCGAUACUCGUGAUAAAAUGAAGAUUGAAAAUGAAAAUUUACUAAGCCUUUCUUGCACGUUUGUGUAUUGUUUUCUUUCUUAUCAUUACGUGCAUUAUUAUUUGUUAGCCUUAUACUGCUCCUAUGUUGUUUUGUGAAAUACAUUCUUCAAUGUCAUGGUUUUAUCUCGAAUAACAACAAAAUAGCACAUUAAUUUUCUUUGAUGAAUUUAAAUCCCUUAAAAUGUGUUAUGUAAUUAUUGAGUUGAGUUUUCGUGUUUUGAAAUUUCAGCUUCUUGAUACAAGGAACCUAAAGAUUCAUUCAGUGCACGUAAAUUCGGAACCAGUGAAAUGGCAUUUAAAACCUAUUACUGUCCAAGCUUUUGGGUCUUGUUUAGAAAUAAUACCAAAUACAGCCUCAAAUAGGUAAAAAUAAAUUCGAAGUGGAUCUAGAAGUGGUAGUUUGUAGCUUAUUUUCUUGUCUGUUAUAAAUUUUUCGUUAGUUGAUAUUUUGGCAUAGAAUUCGCGCCAGAAAAGAAAUUAACUAAACUGCCAUUUAUAGAUGCACCAAUAAUUAAAUUCAGUAAGAGAAACCUAGUGCUUCAAGUGUUUGGGAACCCGCUUGUCCGUAGUUUCAAUUGCAACGAACCCGUAACUCUUGAACCUAGUUGUAUGCAAACCAACCGUAUCCGAAAUAGCGAAGCCAUAUUGCCAGCCCAUCUACCGUACAAAGAAGCAAAGAAAAAUUACUAAACGGCCUUUCUUUUAAAAAAUGGAUACUCACGCAAUUUCACUGAAAUACCCAUCAAACUCAUCACAAGUACAAAACCAACCGUGGUGACCAAAAUACUGGUUAUUCCACCAUAACCGAAAAACAUAAGAGAUUAAAAUGGGACUAUUGUUGUUUGUGGAAAUAAGUGUGACUUACCAGCUAGGAAAAUUUACCUUCUGUACCAUUCAUAAAGCUGGUAGCUUAGUGUAAAAGCUUAUACGUAAUCUGUACGAUGUCAAAAUCGACUACGAAACUUCUCCAGAUUCUUCUGCUCUCCAGUGGCUAGGACCACAGCUUACUGCUGAUCGACGUCAACCGUUCAUGUUCAGUCAGUGUCAAGCUAUUCAUGCUCGUAGUCUUCUACCUUGUCAGGAUACUCCAACUUCAAAGUUUCCUUUCGAAGCUAAGGUAACUGCUCCAAAGGAAACCGUUGUCAUCAUGGGUGCCAAACGAAUUGCAGAGCCGUUUUUGACCGACGAUAACCACCUUACUUACCACUUCAAACAGAGUGUUCCGAUCCCCAGCUAUCUGAUCGCUAUUGCUUGUGGGGAUCUAGCUAGCAGAAAAAUUGGUCCACGUUCGUCUGUAUGGGCUGAACCCAGUAUAGUUGAUGAAGCAGCUUAUGAAUUCAGUGAAACAGAACAAAUGAUUUUAGCAGCUGAAAACAUCUGUGGACCUUAUGUGUGGGAUAUAUAUGAUAUCUUGGUGCUACCACCAACAUUCCCCUAUGGUGGAAUGGAAAAUCCAUGUUUAACAUUUGUUUCACCAACUUUAUUGGCUGGUGAUCGAUCGUUAGCUAACGUAAUCGCUCAUGAGAUCGCUCAUUCAUGGACUGGUAAUUUAGUAACAAAUUCAAAUUGGGAGGAUUUUUGGUUAAACGAAGGACAUACUGUGUAUUUGGAACGCUUAAUUGAAGAACGUAUUCAUGGGUCGCAUAUGAGGCACCUUCAUUUAAGUUUAGGCUACAAGGAACUGUUGGAAGAAAUCAAAAAACUUGGCCCAUCGGAUCAAAUGACAAAGCUGAUUGUGGACUUGGAAGGUAUUGAUCCAGACGAAGCUUAUAGUCGAAUUCCAUAUGAAAAAGGAUCUCUUUUACUCUACUACUUAGAGACUUUAUACGGAAAAGAAUCUAUGCUUAAUUGGUUAAAAGCCUAUGUGAAACAGUUUUCUGGGAAAUCACUUAAUUCAAAUACUUGGUUGGAAUUUUUAACAAGUCAACUAGGUUCCGAUGUACUUAACCCGAAACAUCAGUUGGAUGCUUGGAUGCAUAGUCCAGGUUUACCCCCAUGGAUACCAAAGUUCGAUGCUGACGAGUUACUUUCAGAAUGUGACAGUAUGCAAAAAUUACUUACUUCAUCUGAUCUUUGUUCAAAUGUUACUGAAAUACAAAGUUUGACUCAACUGUGGAAUAAGAUGUCACAUGUACAACGUGAAUUAACUUUACGCCACGUUGUCGACUCUGAACCACUAAAUGUUAAUAACUUAUGCAAAAUUGAUGAAUUAUUACAGUUAUCUAAACAGAAAAAUGCUGAGAUACGAGUACAGUGGUGUCUAAUCUGUAUUGUUUCCCGUCAUUUACCUGCGUUGGGUCACAUUUUUGAAUUUUUAAACAGUCAGGGUCGUAUGAAGUAUACUCGCACCAUAUAUCGCGCUUUAAACGAAUGGCCAGAAGCUAAAGAGCGAACAAUAAACAAUUUCUAUGAACAACGUCCAUUUAUGCAUCAAACAACUGCAAUGCUGGUUGAAAGGGAUUUAAAUCUUCAUGAAAAUGGGAAACCUAUAUCUACUGCUUAAAUUCAGAUAAAUUUACAGAUAACAUGUAUAAACUUUGAUGUGCAUUAUAAUUGGUACUGUUGUUGUGUACCAAUUCAAUAUAUCAUUUCUAUGUUAUGGUAAUAAAUUAUUUCGUUUGGGUUUAUUUUUCAUAAAAUAUAAAAUUCUGUUUUUCCAUCCGAAUUAAGUAAUAAGUACAUAAAAUAAAUUUGUUGUUCUUGUUUUGUUUUUCAAGUCGAUAAAAUCAUUUUCAGUUUGUAAGGUACAAGAAGCUGGGUGGCUUGUACAAAUUUAAUAGUCACUAGGCUGAGUGCCUGUCUGUCCACGCGCAAUGAACAGUCACGUGGUGCUUUCACUACCACAUGUCAAAAAAGAAAAUUAUAUUUCAGUAUGGAGAUUUCUGAUCACAAUUAUAUUUGUUUAAGAGAGGUUGUAAGUACGUUAGUCAAAUUAUGACUACUAUUGACUAAUUGGCCCUGAGUUUGGCCAAGAGGGGGGAGAAUCGGUUGAAGAUAUUUCUUUUGUACACAGCUUCAGUUUCGUAAUCUGAAUGGCUACUGUUCCCGUCAUUUGAAAAACAGUCUGACAGGCUUUGGCAAAAAAUGUCUGACCCAAUAAGUAAUUGAAAAAGAUUGGCUUGUGCUGACACUAUAGCCAAUUUGGUCUAAAUGGGACAUUAUCGAACCACUCACCUUCUUCACUAGACCUUUGUUUAGCCAUACUGGGAAGUGUUCGCGGGCACGAAAAUGUAAAUUCCUAGAACUCCAACCAAUAUAACUUGCUCUAUAAGAGCAGUGGAAUUGAUAAAUACAAAAAUGAAGUCAUUCUAGGUAACUCGUCUUUUUAGCCUCGGUAUCACCAUUGGGUGUGUAUAAAACACUGGUCCUAUUUCUCCGACGGUGAAUGACUGUUAAGUUGUUCUGCGUAAUCUGUGGACUAAUGUUUCGCUAGCUGCAUCACCUCUGAAUUUUAGGUCCAUGAAAAGGGAUUUCUUAUUCGCUGUUUGUAUCUCGC